AUGAAUAACAAAUGUGCCGCUACUGGAGCUAAAUGUCGCGCUCGCGCAGAAGCAUCAAGGAUAGGAGCUCAGAUAGGAGCACAAGGUCAAGGACUUGACUUUUCUGAGCGAAAAGGUGCCACCGAAAUGGAAGCAAAACAAUUUUUAACCUCUACCACUGCCUGGCAAAAUUUGCAGGAUUAUUAUAAUAAAAAUGGGAAAGGUCUUGUUAUAAAAGAAUUAUUCGCUCAAGAUCCGAACAGGUUUGAUAAGUACAGUUUAAAAUUAUCUACUCCCAAUGAUGGUGAUAUCCUUAUUGAUUUCUCCAAAAACAGAAUCAAUGAUCAGGUAUUCAAACUCUUACUGGACCUGGCCAGAGAAAGAAAGGUUGAAGAGGCAAGAGAUAUCAUGUUUAAUGGUGGUAAGAUAAACUUCACUGAAAAUCGUGCUGUUUUGCACAUAGCCCUCAGAAAUCGAUCUAAUAGACCCAUAAUGGUUGAUGGAAAGGAUGUAAUGCCUGAUGUAAAUGGAGUUCUAGAGCAUAUGAAACAGUUCACUAAUUCUAUCCUCAGUGGAGAGUGGAAAGGAUAUACAGGAAAGCAAAUCACAGAUGUUGUCAAUAUUGGAAUAGGAGGUUCAGAUCUGGGCCCACUGAUGGUCACUGAGGCUCUUAAACCAUUCAACAAAGGUUUAAAUUUACAUUUUGUUUCUAACAUUGAUGGUACCCAUAUGGCUGAAGUACUGAAGAAAGUAAAUCCUGAAACUGUCCUGUUUAUUAUUGCUUCAAAGACAUUCACCACACAAGAAACAUGCACAAAUGCUAAAUCUGCCAAAGACUGGUUUUUGGCAACUUCCAAUGAUCCUAGUUCUGUAGCCAAACACUUUGUAGCUUUGAGUACAAAUGCUGCAAAAGUUUCUGAAUUUGGAAUAGAUACUGCCAAUAUGUUUGGAUUCUGGGAUUGGGUUGGAGGAAGGUAUUCACUGUGGUCUGCCAUUGGUUUGAGUAUAUCUUUGUCAAUUGGAUUUGAAAACUUCACCCAACUUCUUGAUGGAGCUUUCUUCCUUGAUCAGCAUUUCCAAACUGCACCCUUGGAAAAAAAUGUUCCAGUUAUUAUGGCUCUACUAGGAGUUUGGUAUGAUAACUUUUAUGGUGCUGAAACACAUGCUCUUCUUCCAUAUGACCAAUACCUCCACAGAUUUGCUGCAUAUUUUCAGCAGGGUGAUAUGGAGAGCAAUGGAAAAUAUGUCACCAGGAGUGGAAAAUUGGUGGACUACAGCACGGGCCCCAUCGUGUGGGGCGAGCCGGGCACCAACGGCCAGCACGCCUUCUACCAGCUCAUCCACCAGGGGACGCGCCUCAUCCCCGCCGACUUCAUCGCGCCCGCGCAGUCGCACAACCCGAUCGGCGGGGGCGCGCACCACCGCAUCCUGCUGGCGAACUUCCUGGCGCAGACGGAGGCGCUGAUGGCGGGCAAGGCGGAGGCGCAGGCGCGCGACGAGUUGGAAAGGGCGGGCACGGGGGCGGACGAGGUGGGGCGGAUCCUGCCGCACAAGGUGUUCGAGGGCAACAGGCCGACGAACAGUAUCGUGGUGAGGCGGGUGACGCCGUUCACGUUGGGGGUUCUCAUAGCUUUAUAUGAGCAGAAGAUCUUCACUCAGGGAAUCAUUUGGGAUAUCAACUCCUUUGAUCAAUGGGGGGUAGAACUGGGAAAGCAGUUGGCCAAAGCUAUUGAGCCGGAACUUCAAGACAAUAAUCCUGUUUCAUCUCAUGAUGGUUCCACCAAUGGACUCAUCAACUUCAUAAAAUCUAGUCGAUCUUAGAGUGAAAGUGUAUGUUUUAUAAUGCUCUGUUGAAAAGAUAUAUUGUUUAAUAUUUAUUUCCUGUUUUUAUCUAUGAAUCUAUAUAUACAUUCAAAUAUUGUAAUUGGGUAGGAGGAAUACAAAAUUUUAAAUAAAAACAAAAAUCUGG